GUGGGGGACAGGAGAGAAGUCCUCCAUCUCUUUACUGCACUGCAAACCUCAAUGCUUAGGGAAUUACUAGCGAUUUCCAAAUACUGCCAAUAAGUGCAACUCCUGCAGGUAACAUCCAGCCUAACCCGAAAGCAAAACCAAGGCCUUCCAGCCUCCAGCUUAUCAUUCCCUGGUGCUUGCUCCUUGCCUUCCAGCCUGGACGCCUCCACACCUGUUGGCCAAGACUGCCCCUUGCAUACUGGGGCGGGAAGGGUGCAGUUUUUUAGGCUAUCAAACCCACACGCUUGGGAUUGAAGUCACACUACCAUCACUAGAGCCCUUCCCCAUGCCUUGGGCACACGUUGCACUAGCUUAAUGGGGAGUGGACCCAGUUAGCCACAGGAGUCCCUUCUCACCAUCCCGACCCAGGCCUUUUGCACGCACCCAACGUUGACCAGCUCGGACCCACCAGGGACGACUGGUUCCCACCAUAAGAGGAGCCGCUGGGGGCACAUUAACUAAUUCCGGGGGAGAGAAAUGAAAGAGAAGACAGGAGGGGAGAGGUUAAUAAUCGGGGCCAGCAAAAUAAAGAAGCCCCCACAGGGGCCGGUGGCUGGAGGCAGCGGCAAGCAGUCAAGGAGACAGAGGGAAAACUAGAGGGGGAAGAGUCCUUGCUAAACACUGAGCACCUAGUAGACUCUGUCAGUGAGUGUGAUGGAGGAGAUAGCACGCAGCCUGCGUUCCACAUGCUGAUCAUAAAAGAUGGGUCUGAGAGCAGCCUUGAAACAGGAGAGAAGGCUGAGCCUGUAAAGAAGGAAGAAGGAAAUGGAAGCUAUUGCAUGGUGCAGGUUGCUCAGUCACCCACCAGGCCCCAACUUGCCCUGGACUGUCAGCUUAACUAUACCACCAUGUGUGGGCAGUUGCCCCCUUUCUUUGGUGACACUGGCUCUGUGCUUUCAGCCCCAGGAGAUAUGUUUGCCCAGGAGCCCCCAAACCAGCCAGGGUGCCAUAAACAAGCAGAGAAGUAUUACCCUGACAAGAUAGAAAAGGUGACCAAGAAAAAGAAAAUUGUUGGCAGCUCCAAGAAGGCAGCCAAAGUUGUAUCAGGCAAUCUCUACAGCCAUGUGCAGUUCCCAGAUGUGGACCCAAACCUGAGCCUCAGCAAUGCCACCCGUAGAUCAACCAGAUGUGCUAUAGCCAGCACUGAAUCUCAGGAGCUCCACAAGGGACCUGCAGUCCAGGAAACUGGAAGUGCCCAGGAUGCAAUCAAGGAGAGAAAAGGGCCACCUGAGAAUCCAGAAGUCCUGCCACCUGUCAGGAAGAAAACACGCACCUUCUACAGUACAGAGCAGCUAGAGGAGCUGGAGAAGAUGUUCCAGGAAGACCAUUACCCUGACAACGAGAAGAGGAAGGAGAUUGCUGCUGUGAUUGGUGUGACACCACAGCGCAUCAUGGUCUGGUUUCAGAACCGCAGAGCAAAGUGGAGGAAAAUGGAGAAACUGACUCUGAAAGAGACCAAGAAAUGCCCAGCACUAGCAACAACUCUGUCAGCUCCAACAGGGUCAGACACUUAUGGAUCAUCACUUCUGCCUAUGCCUCCACUGCCUAACAUCACUCAUGACCAGUCUGCCAUGCUCAACAUGGAUACUACAGCUGGGACCAAUCCUAGCAUGCUCAGUGGGCAGCCUGCUCCAUUUGUCUCCUCCACAGUCUCUUCAGUUACUGGAGUGGUGGCACCUUAUGAAACAGUCCAAACAAAAGCCCUAUCCCAAGGGAGCUUCAAUUCCAGCAGGAUGGAGUGCUUUCCCACAAUUCUCAGCCCACCACCUAUUCGCAGGGCCAGUCUCCCUCUCAGUCUGACCUUCAAUCCAAACAACCAUAUUGUUCCUUUGAUGCUGGACACUCCCAAGAGUGAAUGCAGCCCCUCCAGCCAAAAAAACAGUUCCAGGGAGGCCUUCACUUACACCUUCCAGAGUCAAGGGGUCAACUCCCCAUCAUCCUGCAGCUACCUUGACCAGAUGGAGCCCAGAGCCAACCUGGAGACCCCAUAUUACCAGUACAGUAACCAGUCUGGAAAUUAUCCGCUGCCCCAGUACCCCCAGCAGCACCAGGUCGCCCAGUACCACCGCUUUCCAGUCCACCUGGCCAGUGACAUGCUUCCCAGUGUCCGCCUCAUGUCAACUACACCUAGCGAGUCCAAUCCAACUUUCUUCAGCUUGGGUGGCAGUGGUGGGAUUGUGACCUAUGGUGCAGCGGGUGUCCCCCGAGGGUAUCUGCAGAACCAUGUAGGGGAACAGUUCCUUUUACAGCAGCCAGGAGGGAGCUCAGGAGGUAUCUCAGCCUACCAGGCCAUCUCUUGGAAUGACUACUACAUGCAGGGCCCCCCUUUCUCCAGUCAGCUGUGCUCACAAGUCCCAUUUUCCGGCAUGGCGGGAGGAACUUAUGCUACAGAGCAGGUUCCUUACACUCAGACCUCAAGCAUGCAGCCAGCUCCCUGUUUUCUCCAGAUGCCCAAUGGAGCAUCAGGAUCUGUGGUAUUUACUGGAAAAGAAAAGGUACCAGCAACACCUGACCAGACUUCAUAUCAAAACCACCCAGCCGAACCAGAACUGCCAGUCCCAGCUGAGAGAGAGGACUCAAAUAUUGACAGCAGCAGCAGUAGCCCCAAACAAGAGGAAUGUGCUCCUGAUGUCAAAGAUGAAACUAAAGAUUGACUCUGAGGAAAAACAAAGAGAAGAGAAAAGUAUAUUGUUUAUUAUUAAUAUUUAAACUCUGCAAAAUGUGAGAGAGAAAAGAAGAAUUAAUAUUUGCAAGGGAGGUGCAUUUUUUUUAUUGGUUUGCUUUUUGUUUGGUGACUAUUCUUGUUUUCCUGCUGAGAAAAGAAGCAUGGAAGUUUCAGUCAGUAAAAUCUCCUGGUUUGUGGUUUUUGCAAAUCUCCUG